CGCUCAGCUGCACAAGCAUACAAUGGCCGAGAUCCUGUCCUACCUGUUUCUGAGUGGAAUUGGGGCUGGAGCGUAUCUAACAGCCUUGGCUACGGGGACGGGAUCGUAUCUGUUGAGCUUGGUGGGCUUCGGGCAGGCUGGUGUGACCUUGGGCUCUCUGGCCGCUUGGUUCCAAUCUUACUUCCUUGGCGGCUAUAUCGCGCCGGGAAGUUGGUUCGCGUCCUUCCAAAGCGUUGGUGCUGGCGGAUUACCAGUUCUUUCGUGGUGGUGGAGUGCUUUCCUCGGAUCGUUCACGGGAUUUCUGACUUAUCUGGGGUGGGGAUGGUAG